AUGGUGUUUGUGUUUGGCAACAAAAGUUAUUGUGUAACAUGUAUCAACGGUUCAACAGUACGCAUACGUGUUCAAUCCAAUGGACUUCCUCGACGAUGCACCAUUUUACCUACUGAUGCUGUAUUUGCUGAGCGUAAUAUUGAUUUUGAAGUGAAUUUCAAUCCAGAUGUUAGUGUUAAUUCACCUAAUCAUGCACCCUCAACAGCUGCAGCUCUGAACAAUAUUCUAUGCAAUAUAUCCAAUCAUAUGAGUGUACCUUCAACCUCGGCUUACACUCGUUUGCCAGCUAGCAUGCCAAUCGAUGUUUUAGCUGGUGUGGCUGUUGAUGGUGUUACGAUUCUCAAUGUGAACAGUAUCAAUCAAGUCGAUCCUUUCUAUCCACCACCCGGUUAUCCAAUGGAAGGUGCCGAUCAAUGUUUGUCUCAUCCAACUGGAGCUGGAGAAUUUCACUAUCAUAUUUCAAGUGGAUGCAUACUCAAUCCUCCCAAAGGCACUGUUAGCGGAUGUGGACCUGAUAUUGGUUGCGCGAAUAAUAUAUCGAGUUAUUCGAUUUCGACUUUUUCUGCAUACAGACGUUUGACACUAAUUGGUAUAGCUAAGGAUGGUCAUCUCAUUUAUGGUCCUUAUCUAUCAUCGGGUGUACAAGUGACAACAGGUUUUGAUAUUUGCAAUGGUAUGUUCUAUGAUUCCUUCGGCAACUAUGCAUAUUUUGCAACAGAAACAUAUCCUUACGUUACGGGCUGUUUUGGACCGGGAAAUUAUCCAUCAUUCACUCCCAAUUGCACUACCAAUGCUCCCAGCGGCUAUAUCAAGUCAUCAUUUGCUGCUAGCUUUUCUUCGUCGAAUACCAACCCAGUUAAAGUUUUACCAUGGUUUUCUCGCUUCUUCAUGAUAUGCUUGUCGAUGAUGAUCAUAUUCUUAUUACAAGCCGACUAA